AUGUUUACAAGUCGUGUACACACAGGAGAAGUAUUUGAAAUUUUAGCCUUGGACAAUUCAAUUAGUGAUGGAGGUGGUUGUUCAAUUACGAUUGGUAAAACUGGAUCUGUUUUAAUUGUUUGUAAGAAUGGUGAUAGCAUCUCUGUCAAUGUUGAACUUCCACCUGAAACUCUUAGAAGAACGAAUCUUGGAGAAUUAAAAAUUGGUGAUAAAGUAAAUUUAGUAAGACCUUUAACAUCAUCAUUUAAUGAUGAACAUUUUCUACAACAUAAAUGCGAUAUAUGUCAAAGGUCUUAUAAUCGAUUAGAACAUUUAGUUCGUCAUAGUAGAGUACAUACUGGAGAGAAGAAAUCACAUGAAUGCAAUUGGGGCAGAUGUACCAAAAAAUUCUCCAGAUCAGAUCAACUCACAAGACAUCGUCGAACACAUAAUAACAAUUCAUUACGGCAUAAAUUGAAAUUAUCAGAUGGUUCGUCAUAUAUUCGUAUCGGUGGAGUAGGAUUGGUUGUUAAAACCAUUAUGCCAUUGAAAGAAAGUGGUGAUAAAUAUAGUGCUUAA